UGUCUUCAUUUCGAAGCACAGCAAAGACAACAACAUACAUGUAGCAGUUGUUGAAAAUACACAUCGUAUUCAAGUUUGUAGUACGAGUGUAGUCGUCGUCCUCUUCUUGCCAUUGUAGUCCAAUUAUUAGUCAUUCCUCUGCUGGUCUUCAAGCAAAUCGACCAUGUCUGAUUCUAAAAGUGUGACUUGCACUGCCCCUGUCAAUAUUGCUGUCGUGAAAUAUUGGGGAAAGCGAGAUGAGAAGCUCAUCCUUCCUUUAAAUGCUUCUCUCGGAUUGACGAUGGAUAUGAAUGACCUCUGUGCAACAACCACAGUGCAAGCAAGCCCUAGCUUCACCGAGGAUUGUCUUUGGUUGAACGACUGCAAGGAGCCAAUCUCAAAGCGAUUCAAGGCCUGCCUGGAAAAGGCUAAGAGUGUUGCCAGAAAGCAUCUGACUGGUGAUGAAGCCAAAGCCGCCAUCUUGGAUUGGCAUGUGCACGUGUGCUCACGCAACAACUUUCCGACUGCUGCGGGUCUGGCAUCGUCCGCAGCCGGUUAUGCAUGUUUAGGCUACAGUUUUGCCCAGUUAUACGGUGUUCAGGAUGAAGUAUCCGUUAUUGCUAGACUGGGUUCGGGUAGUGCAUGUCGCAGCACUGCGGGAGGAUUUGUGCUCUGGACGAUGGGAGAGCGCGAAGAUGGCGAUGACAGUGUGGCUGUUGAAGUCUCCCCAGCGAGUGCCUGGCCUGACCUGGAAGUUCUUAUCCUGGUGGUGAAUGAUCGCCGCAAGGACACCAGCAGCACGGCGGGCAUGCAGACCAGUGUUCAGACAAGUCAACUGCUCAAGCAUCGCGCUGCUGUCCUAGUUCCCGAUCUGCUGCGGGGAAUGGAGGAAGCGAUCCACAACAAGGACUUUGCCACGUUUGCAGACUUGACCAUGAAGGACAGCAAUCAGUUCCAUGCCGUGUGUCUCGACACCUAUCCACCAAUCUUCUACUUGAACGAUACAUCACGACGAAUCAUUCAGAUGGUCACCAAGGUCAACGCUGCAUGCGGUGAAGCCAAGGUUGCGUAUACGUUUGAUGCUGGUCCCAAUGCAGUGCUCUUCGUGCGAUCUAAAGAUGUCGAACAAAUAGCAGCUCUGUGCGACUACCUGUUUGUUAGUGGCAAGCAGUCUGACAACUUGGACCAGGCCCUGGUGGACCAAUUAUCUUUAACCGCGGAAGCAAAUAGUGUCAGAAACAUCAUCCGCACAAAGGCUGGACCAGGACCACGUCGGUUGCCAGAUGAGAAGGGACUAUUAGACAGCAAUGGGUUACCACUGCCAGUAUGAUUGUGAAGCAACGCUGAUCGUUGAUGAUCCCUAGACUUAGUAACGUUAGACUAGUCAUGUUCUAUUGUUCCAGAGAAUGAUCUCACCUUGUACGUGCUUGUCGGAUGAUCUCACAGCACCUGGUGACAUCAUAGCCUCAUUUUAUACUUGGAGAAUUAUUUUAUUUAUUUUUUACCUCAUAGGCACACGUACACCAUUAUUAGGAUUAGAAUUAGGAGGCAUUUUGACGUGCUGUAGUAUUCAAGUUUGCGAUUCUCACCACUCUGCAGACUGCAGUGACAGUGCAAUGAUUCACAUUCAUCCGAUGAUGGUCCGUGCCAGCUGCUGUGCUGACCAAUGAGCAUUUCUCAUCACCAUGGA